UGAAAUUUGGUAAUAUUAUCAAGAGUUGAAAUUCUAUCUUCAGAAAUACAUGAUGUUUCAUCAUUGAUAAAAGACGAGUGACAACAGAAGCAUGGAAGAGAAGGAGCUGCCUCUUAUACUGCUGGAUGCUCACCUGUCACAAUACAGCUAUGUGGGAGGUUUUCAACCUUCACAGGCAGAUGUAGCUGUCCUGACCUCAGGCUGUGUUCCCCCCAGUCCCCCUCGCACAUUACCCAAUGUGCGACGGUGGGCAGCACACAUGGCCACUUUCUCAUCCGUCGAGUGCCUCGCAUUUCCCCCGUACACUCUUGGUUGUAAGAUGGAUGACCAGCUGUCAGACUUAGUUCACAAGAACAUUAAGAUGAGUGGUGAAGCACAAAACUCAAAGAAAUGCCCAAAAAAUAACAAAGGUGGUGAAAGCGGCAAAGGGAAAUCUGGGAAAUUUACCCUGAAGACCCCAAAGGGCACCAGAGAUUAUGGUCCUGUUGAAAUGGCUGUCAGAAGACAAGUAUUUGAUACAAUAUAUGAUGUUUUCCACAUGCACGGAGCAGUAGAAAUUGAGACUCCAGUAUUUGAACUUAAGGAAGUUCUUACUGGUAAAUAUGGAGAAGAUUCUAAGCUUAUAUAUGACCUGGAAGACCAAGGUGGUGAAAUUCUCUCCCUGAGGUAUGAUCUUACUGUUCCUUUUGCCCGAUAUGUGGCCAUGAAUAAGAUCACCAACAUCAAGAGAUAUCACGUGGCUCGUGUGUACCGGAGAGACAACCCGGCUAUGACCAGAGGCCGAUAUCGUGAGUUCUACCAGUGUGACUUUGAUAUUGCUGGGCAGUACGAUGCCAUGAUUCCUGAUGCAGAGUGCAUACAGUUAGUUCAUCAAGUUCUAUCAAGGCUAAACCUGGGAGACUUUACUGUUAAGGUAAAUCAUAGAAAAAUCCUCAAUGGUGUGUUUGGUGCAUGUGGUGUUCCAAGUGAGAAGUUCCGUCCCAUUUGUUCAGCUGUGGAUAAGCUCGACAAGACUCCGUGGGAAGACGUAAGAAAAGAAAUGGUUGACGAGAAAGGUUUGGAUAGUGAUGUUGCUGACCUUAUUGGGGAAUAUGUGAAGUUGUCUGGCAGAGAGGAUCUCUUGGAAAAACUGAAGCAAGAUGAAAGAUUAAAAAAUUCAACUGAUGCUCAGGCUGGCCUUGCAGAUAUUACUCUUCUUUAUCAAUAUUGUAAGAGCUUAGGUUGUGAUGUUCACUUGGUAUUUGACAUGGGCUUAGCAAGAGGCCUUGACUAUUACACUGGAGUUAUUUAUGAGGCCGUGUUGAUGGCCGGCCAAACUUCUAAAGGAGAGGGACCCGUAGGAAGCGUUGCUGGAGGUGGGCGGUACGAUGGGUUGGUUGGAAUGUUCGACCCUAAAAAGAAGACUGUGCCUUGUAUUGGUCUUAGUUUUGGCAUUGAGAGAUUAUUUGCCAUUCAAGAACAGAAGCAGCGAGCUGAAAAUGAGAAGCUUCGGUCAACUCAAACAGAAGUGUUUGUCGCAGCUGCAUGUAAAGGAAUGGUCCAUGACAGAUUGAAACUUAUUGGUCUUCUACAUGAAGCAGGAAUUAAAGCAGAAAGUAGCUACAAAAACAAUCCCAAGAUACUCAAUCAGUUACAGUAUGCUGAAGACAAUGCUAUUCCCCUUGUGGUGUUAAUAGGUGAGUCAGAAGUACAAGAGGGUGUGGUGAAGUUACGAGAAACAGCAACACGUGCAGAGGUCACCAUCAAAAGAGAGGAAUUAGUUUUGGCAGUAAGACAGAGGCUUGGAAAAAAUUCAUAAGGUAGUGUACUAUACAGUACAUAUUGUAGUUGUUGUCUAGUGCUGGUGCAGUUAAAAAUUUCUCAUAAAGAUUGUUUUGUUGUCCAUUACAAGCAGAAUCUUACCAAAGUUAAUCUUUAAAUUAAUAUUUUUUUUUCUGUAGUCUAACAAAGUUUUAGUAAAAAAAAAAAAAAAAAAUCUUAAACUAGCAUUAGAGAAACACUAAAAAAAAUAAUGAAUGAUCAUGGUAAAUGAACAAGGGGUGAAACAGCUUUGAAAGGAUGAUCCGUGGAGUCUACUAUGCAAUUAUGAAUUAAUUGUAAACUGUGUACAGUAGUGUAAUCUUACGUUUGCUUCACACGAGAGAAAACUAAUGAAAUGUGAUACACAGCUGGUUAUUUUGCCCCUUGAAGAGUAACACAUUGUGCAUAAUUCAGGGACCAAGCUUCUGUCUUUGGUAGGAUUGUGUGGUGUUACUUUUAUGUAUACACGUCUGGCCAGUAAGCCAGCCUUGGCUCUGGACCAGCUGACACCCGUUUCCAGAAGGGCAUCGCUUUGCUCUUUUCUAUUUAUUACUAAUUUAUGUUGCUGUAAUGUAAUGUCAUUAAGGUAAGAUUUCCCUUGGACACAGAAUUGAAAAUUUAUUUGACAAUUUCUUGGAAUUUGUGAUUUUACGCAUUGUUUUAAAAAGAAACACGAGUCUUAUAAUUGAAAAAAUUAUAGGAUGUCUGUGGGUUAGCUACAGUAGCCAGUCUUGAUUACAUUGUUUGUUUUUAAUGACAAAUCUGAAUUAAGUUUCAUGUAAAUUAUAUGUACCUUAGUUAUGUUAUCUUUCUCACACACAUCCUCUCUGUACGUCAUUCAAAAUAACACUCACCCACCCACACAGGUAAUUCUCUAGGUUAGGUUAUGUUUCAUGUUAAAAGGUAUAAUACUGUACUUAUAAAGGUGUUUCAACAGAUUUUUCUUCAUAGAAUUAUUGUUACACUGGUCACCCUUGGUUAGUUCUCGUUUUAUUGUUGAGAGCAGAAUUACUUUUACUGUACAGUAUGAAGAAAUAAUGCCUUGUGUUGUAAUAUUUCAAGAAUACUGCAUUAUCCUUUUAAUAUAAAAUUUAUGUUUCCUGAGAACUACCCAACAGAGCACACACACACACACACCGAGUUGAAUCUGUUUGUAGGUCCAGCGUAUUCACCAUUGUAGGGCUAGCUUCUUUUUGUAAUACUGUACUUUAAAAAACGUCCAUGCACCAAUAUUGUUUUUAUAUUACCAUGACUAUGUAUAACAUAUGCAUCAGCAAAGGCACUUAUGUGAGCUUUUAUUCAUGUCUACAUUUUUUAUGCUGAUUUAUUCCUUUAAAGAAAUAUCCAGAGUAUAAUUAAUAUUGUUGGUUUGUAUAAUGGUUGACUCCAAUAAAUUUAGAUUUUCCAGGGAAA